UUUGAGUGAUGUGGAGGUGAUGUGAAAUCAAACUGUUAACUGUGACACGAGGAUCGAGCCAAAGUCGCUGGCGGGCACGACCAGCGCAGAUGCGCAUCAGCCGUGGACGCGCAGCUUGAAGCAACAGGCGGUAAAGCGCACUGGGAAGGAGAGCAUAGGCUGAAAAUUAACGCUAAAAAUAUCUUCGCUGUAGCUCCACCGGACACACAUUGUAUCUACAACUUGUUGUUUUGUCAGGGUGGACAGCACCGCGCACAGGCCAGGCGCUGGAUACCUUUACGCACCGUGGCAGUUGUGUAAAUGGUCAGAGAAAGAGGUUGAUGCGAGAGGAAAGAGGGCGGUCAACAGUGUCUCGUUCUCUGGCAACGCUUUCACUCCCAGCUCAACCCCCUGUUAGACUGCGUCUCGCACGUGUAGUUUACUGUUCCUCCCGGCCACGGUUACCGGCACAGGACACGCAUGCUUGAUAAGACCUCGGCGCACUUGAUGCCCCCUUUGGUGAUGCCAUGCCCCGGAACCACAGCGGAGACGAAGGCGGCACCGGGCUCUGGAUGAGGACAUCGCCGGGACACCGUAACGAGGGGUACGGCUUGAAAGAUGUGGAGUCCGGACGAAGGAUGAUGAAUAACGCGGGAGACGGUUUGCUGUCAGCCUCCACCGCAGCAGGUGCUGCCGGGUCCGAGAGCCUGAGGGGGAAGCAGGGAGCCCGGCUCAGCCUGCUCGGGAAGCCGCUCAUAUACAGCGCGCAGAGCGGCCGGAGGAACGUGCGCUACCGGCGGCUCCAAAACUACCUGUACAACGUGCUGGAGAGACCGAGAGCCUGGGCGUUCAUCUACCACGCGUUUGUGUUCAUCUUGGUCUUCAGCUGCUUGGUCCUCUCUGUGUUCUCAACCAUCCCAGCUCAUCAGGACUUCUCCUCCCACUGUCUCCUCAUCCUGGAGUUUGUGAUGAUCGUGGUGUUUGGGUUGGAGUACAUCAUCCGCAUCUGGUCUGCAGGAUGCUGCUGUCGCUACAGAGGAUGGCAAGGACGACUCCGCUUUGCCAGGAAGCCUUUCUGUGUCAUAGACAUCAUAGUGCUGAUUGCAUCGGUGGCCGUGGUGUCGGCGGGUAGUCAGGGCAAUAUCUUCGCCACCUCAGUCCUCCGGAGCCUGCGUUUCUUGCAGAUCCUACGCAUGGUUCGAAUGGACCGAAGAGGAGGCACCUGGAAACUUCUGGGCUCUGUGGUCUACGCACACAGCAAGGAGCUGGUAACUGCCUGGUACAUUGGCUUCUUGGUUCUCAUCUUCUCUUCCUUCCUCGUCUACCUUGUGGAGAACAAGUUCAACAAGGAGUUUGCGACCUACGCUGAUGCCUUGUGGUGGGGCACGAUCACCCUGACAACCAUUGGCUAUGGGGACAAGACACCAAAGACGUGGACAGGAAGGAUGCUGUCUGCAGGGUUUGCCCUCCUGGGCAUUUCAUUCUUUGCCUUGCCAGCAGGUAUUCUGGGUUCAGGCUUUGCCCUGAAGGUCCAGGAGCAGCACAGACAGAAGCACUUUGAGAAGAGGAGAAACCCAGCAGCCUACCUCAUCCAGUGUGUUUGGCGUAGUUAUGCGGCUGAUGAGAACUCGGUUUCCAUUGCUACCUGGAAGCCUCACUUGAAGGCGUUGCAUACCUGCAGCCCUACAAAGAAGGAGCAGGGAGAGUCGACCACAAGUCAGAAGUUGAGCUUCAAGGAACGGGUGAGGUUGGCGAGCCCCCGAGGUCAGAGCAUCAAGAACAGGCAGGCGUCGUCAGUGAACGACCGGCGUUCUCCGGUGGCUGAGGCUGGAAUAGAGGGCACUAGCCCUGCCAAGGUGCAGAAGAGCUGGAGCUUCAACGACCGGACACGUUUCAGACCUUCACUGCGCCUUAAGAGCCAGUCACGCUCUACCACUGAUGCAGCAGACUCCAACAUGGCAGGGGAGGAAGGCUUUGAUGAGAAGGGCUGUCACUGCGAGAUCUCGGUGGAGGACUUGCUGCCCUCAGUCAAGUCUGUCAUUAGAGCUGUCAGGAUAAUGAAGUUUCAUGUAGCCAAGAAGAAGUUUAAAGAGACUCUGCGUCCUUAUGAUGUCAAGGAUGUGAUAGAACAGUACUCUGCUGGUCACUUGGACAUGCUGUGUCGCAUCAAAAGCCUGCAGACCCGGCUGGACAUGAUAGUAGGCCCACAGACCCUGAGCAGCCGAGCCAAGACCUUUCCCCCCCCCCCCCUGCCUGUCUAUUACAGCCAGGGCAGAAAGAACUCCACCCAGGGAGUUGACCAAAUCCUUGGGAAAGGCCAGAUCCCUCUGGAUAAGAAGAUUCGAGAAAAGCUGCUGUCUGAUGGAGAUAUUUUAGAGGACAUGAGCAUGCUGGGUCGAGUCUGUAAAGUGGAGCGACAGGUCCAGUCAAUUGAGUCAAAGCUCGACUCCCUGCUUGACAUUUAUCGCCAGGUUUUGCACAAAGGUUCAUCUUCAGCCCUCACGCUCUCCUCUCUGCCCCUGUUCGAGCUGGAGCAAACCUCUGACUACCACUCCUCUGUCUUUAGCAAGGAACUGUCCUGCUCCACCCAAGUCAACAGCAGUGGAGCCCCUCCCCCUGGUGGCUGCGGCACUCGCUCUUCCACUAACUCCCACCUCCCCAAAGGAGGACUCCACCUCAUCCUGGCACCACCCAAUGAGCUUAAUCUCAAUGCCUCCUCUUCCACGCCUCCCUCUGGCCUUGGAUCCUCCUCUUUCAGCCCAUCACCGCUGCCUCAUCACCAUCAUCAACACAACUACCAUCAUCAUCCUCAUCAUCCACACCAUCACUGUACCCAGGCCCAAGCCACCACACCUGAAAGUGGCACUGAUGAGGCUGUGGGGAGCUCCCCACCCAUCCUUACCCCUAAUAGUAUCAGCAGUGGUGUAGGCGAAGGAGUUCAAGAUGGAGGUUUUCCCCUUCUGGCAAGACUUCCACCACCACCCCCUUCCAGCCGGACAGGGGGCCUGACCAACUUGCUACGAGCGACCUCCACAGAAGCACCCCCCGACAUGGAAGACCUCUGUGGAGGUUUAGAGAUACAGAUGGAGGACAGCAGUAUGGUGGAGGACCUUGGUUUUGGGUUGGGACUGGGCAGACAGGGGCAGCAGCUACAAGGCAGCACCAACAGCACUGGCAGGAUAAAUGCUCAGGUUGAGGGCUCUUGGAGGAGACAUAUGAGCCUGGAGCUGCAGCCCCUGGUGCCACCAGCCCUGGGCUGCUGCUCCAGCCCCAGUCAGAUGGACAAAGGGCUGGGCAAGUCCAUGUCAGUGCAGGACCUGGGGCAGGCAGCCCCAGGGACUGUCCAGGACACCCACCACAGUCACAACCUCUCAUCUCCAAGCCCCAGUACAAGCAGUGACUCCCAGAGCUGUAGCCAAGACCCUGGGGGAGGAGGGGGUGGUGGAGGCAGGAGUGGUGGAGGUGGAUGGGGUGAGGAGGACCUCUUUAUCAGCGACAGGGAGAUUGAGACGCAAGGAUUUGACUUCCUGUCGCUAGGAACUGCUGAGGCCCACACCUUCUCCUCAGACCUCCUGAGGACAGGGAGCAGAGGAGGGGCAAGUUUGCAGGGGGCAAACCGUGACCUGGCCCAUGGUCAUGCAUCCUUGCCCUCUGCUGGCAGCACUGAAAUGCUGAACAUGCCGCAUGUACGGCUAAAAUAAACUUGCAUACGUGUUCAGAAGGCACGCAAAUCUCACCUCAAAGAGACGGUUUUUAUCCUUUUUUGAAGGGAGUGGGAGGGUGGGAAUAUAACAAGGGUUGCUUUUUUGUUUAUUUUCAUGUUGAUCCAUUUGAUAAGAAUCACAGUAUUUUCAUACAGGCUGAUCACAUUAUGGCAUAUCAUUGCAUGAGUUAUUCUAUGUGCUAAAGUUUAAUUGACUAAUCUGAGUUAAAGAUUAAGGCUUGUGCAAUGGAAACACAGACCCCUAAAGCCUAAGACUUUGCCAUUUAACAAAGCCAACUAAACAUGGUCCUGAAAGACAUUUGGUUUAUACUUUUAGACAGCAUGAGCAUUGCAUGUUUUCAGUCAAAGGUACUGAGAUUAGCAAGCUACCGUUUACACUUGAUCAAGUAGAAAGGCAUGGACACCUAAUAUUUAUGAAAAAUCCUUUGAGAAAACCACUCACAACUGUUUUAGGUAGUGGAGAAAAUUGGGCUUAAUACAGGAUAUACAAAAUUUAUUUCUUGUUUCUCCAAAUGCAUUGAAGUGAAUGUUACCUCAUCAUUGCCAUACUGUUCAUUUUCUAUUCUUGUCUCUAUUUGUUAUUUUAUUUCCAAGCCGUUUUUGUCCAUUUUUGGAAAACAAAAUAACCUUUUGAAGUCUAAAUCCAUCUAUUGGUUUGCACUAAUUUCCAUAUAGUAUGUGUAGGCAAUCUCGUCAAAAAAAUAAUAACUAUCGAUUUAAUCACAAUCAUAAUCCACAGUCUAAAUUGCUACAUUUUUUGCAAUUCAGAUUUAUUGAGCCAGAUUUAAAAUAGCUUAUAAUUUUUUUUAAUGUUUCACCAUUUAAAUACAACAUUGCAUUUAAGACUGUUCUUUUUUGGCAAAAGCUUCUCAUUUGCCCUGCUGCUAGCUAUAAGUCAUAUUGCAUUGUUUACAAUAGGUCACCAAAAGAAGACCCUAGUGAAGUAAUUCAUCCAGUUGACCCCAUUGCUCUAUUGGUUGAUCACACAACACAGAUUUGCAAAUCAAUGAGGUGAUGAGAAGUGUGGAAACAGUAGUAAGAGGACAUUAAAUAUUGCAAUCCAUUUAAUUCAACUGAAAAAUUGAUUACGGACCCCUUAUAGAUUGAUUUCGAUUUAAAAUCGUCUGAUUGACCCCCCCCCAUACAGUAUAUCAAUUAGUGAACUUCUGAAAUAUGCUUGAAUAAUGUAAUCCAGUGACCAUUGGGUCAUUUUUGUCAAUAUUACAUGGUCAUUGUGUGGUUAUAUAGUUCAAGUGCAAACUGUAUUGAAAUGUCUAUACUGCAUUACCUCUUAACAAUUGUGUGACUGUAACAGAAAUUGAAUUACUUGAAAAAAGCAGGUCUGAAAAGUCAGCUAAUUUGCAUUUCAUACUGUCAACAUUAGAGAAAACAGCAUGUGAAGUCCAAGUGAUUUGUAGUAAAUAGGUUAAAAAAGCAAAACUGCAGGAAUGGUCCUGCCCCCCCCC